CUCGCCGCCCCCUUGCAUGCAGCCCCCGGGCCGCGGGAGCCGCCGGCCAUGGGCACGAAGCAGACCAAGGGCUGCCAGGCGGGCAGCGCCGGGGAGAGCCCCCCGGGCCACCACCGCAAGAAGGCGGCUCCCCGGGAGCGGGGAGAUUUCCUGGCUUCCCUGGUGGCCAAGUCCGGAGAGAAGUUGGGGAAGGGCUCCGGCGCCGGCUUGCCCCCGUACCACCGGCGGAUCUGCAUGAUCCAGGACAUGCUGCUGCUGGUCAAGCAGGGCCGGCAGGAGGAGGCCACGGAGCUGCUGAAGAACCUGCGGCAGGAUUUAGGGAUGGAGUCCACCUCUCUGGAUGAUGUCCUCUACCGUUACGCCAGCUUCCGGAACCUGGUGGAUCCCAUCACUCACGACCUCAUCAUCAGCCUGGCAAGAUACAUCCACUGCCCCAAACCGGAAGGAGACUCCCUGGGGGCCAUGGAGAAGCUCUGCAGGCAGCUCACCUACCACCUGAGCCCCCACUCGCAGUGGAGACGCCAGGGCAUCAUGAAGAGGAAGCCGCAGUCCUGCUUGAAGGCCGUGCUGAUGGGGAAACCCCAGGACAACACCGUGGACUUGUCGGGCAUCCCGCUGACCCUGAAGGACCUGGAGAGGGUCACGUCGUACCUGGAGCACAGCUCGGAGCACAUCGACACGCUGGAGCUGUGCUUCACCGAGCUGACGGACGAGAUGCUGCUGCAGCUGCUGCCCGCGCUCGGCCGCCUGCCGCGCCUCACCACGCUGGCCCUCAACGGCAACCGCCUGACCAAGGCCAUCCUCAGGGACCUCACCGAGACCCUCAAGGACCCCAAGAAGUUCCCCAGCGUCACCUGGAUCGACCUGGGUAACAACGUGGAUAUUUUCUCGCUGCCCCAGCCUUUCCUGGUGAGCCUGAAGAGGCGCUGCCCCAAGCAGGGCAAUUUGCCGACCAUCCUGGAGUUCGGGGAGGGCCAGCUCGGUGAUUUGGAGGGGCAGGAGGGGCUGGGGGACAGCCAGGAGGAGCUGAGGGCAGGCCCAGGCCAGGCCGGCGGCACGGGCUCGGAGCAGACGGACAGAAGGGCCGAGGCCGGGGAGCUCCGGGGCUCGGAGCAGGGUGCUGCCACGCCGCAGACAUGAUGUGCGGCCCUCGGGUGGGCGCCUUGAGCAAGGAUGGCUUCAAACCUCAGAGCUGGGGCGGGUCUGUUCCCACUCCUGGGUGCUGCAGGAGUCCCAGCCGCUGCCUUCCCCCCCUGUGCCAAGAAUGUCAGCGAUUUUCUCCUCCAAGAACACCUCAAAGCGAUCACGUGGAGUGUUUGUAUUUCCUAAAAGCUGGCCGGGUGUUUUGGAGCGUUGGUGGUGCGCUGUGCUUUUGGCUCUCUCAGAAAAGCCUCUCCAAGGGGCUGCAGAACCUCAGGAGGGCAGGAAAAGGGAGGUUGUGAAGGGCUCCCCUUCCUCAGUGCUGGAUCUCAGCUGCUCUCCAUGUGAUGGACAGACAGCAGCCACCCCAAAGGAUGGGAUAAACCUUCAAUCCUCACUCCUGACUUCAGGAAUCGCCGGUGAGAGGCGUGGCUGCUGAGACACAACAAAAACCUGCUCACACACAAACCAGGGGUCAAAAACCUGCUCACACACAAACCAGGGGUCAAAAACCUGCUCACACACAACCAAGGAGUCAAAAACCUGCUCACACACAAACCAGGGGUCAAAAACCUGCUCACACACAACCAAGGAGUCAAAAACCUGCUCACACACAAACCAGGGGUCAAAAACCUGCUCACACAC